CACCAAUCUCAUCACUCUGCUUUCCCUUCUCUGCAAUUCUAGGGUUUGUUUUCGCUUCACCGCCGCACACGCACUCUCUCUUUCAACUCAACCAACAAUGGCAGAACGCGGAGGCGGCGAACGAGGUGGUUUCGGAAGAGGCUUCGGAGGAGGCCGCGGUGGAGGCCGAGGCGGUGACAGAGGCAGAGGGCGCCGCAGAUCCGGAGGCCGUCGCGAAGAAGAAGAAAAAUGGGUCCCAGUGACCAAACUCGGACGCCUCGUAAAAGAAGGCAAAAUCCGAAGCCUAGAACACAUCUACCUUCACUCACUCCCAAUCAAAGAACACCAAAUUAUCGACACACUAGUGGGUCCCACACUCAAAGACGAAGUGAUGAAAAUCAUGCCGGUUCAGAAACAAACCCGAGCCGGUCAACGAACCCGGUUCAAAGCCUUUGUUGUUGUAGGUGACAACAACGGUCACGUUGGAUUGGGUGUUAAGUGUAGUAAGGAGGUUGCUACCGCGAUUCGAGGUGCAAUUAUUCUUGCGAAGCUUUCUGUGAUUCCUGUGAGGAGAGGUUAUUGGGGUAAUAAGAUUGGGAAACCCCAUACUGUUCCUUGCAAAGUUACUGGGAAAUGUGGAUCUGUUACUGUUAGAAUGGUUCCUGCUCCUCGUGGUUCGGGUAUUGUUGCUGCUAGGGUUCCUAAAAAGGUUUUGCAGUUUGCUGGAAUUGAUGAUGUUUUUACUUCUUCAAGAGGAUCUACUAAGACCCUUGGAAAUUUCGUCAAGGCUACAUUUGACUGUCUGCUGAAAACUUAUGGUUUCCUGACACCUGAAUUCUGGAAGGAGACUCGCUUCAGCAAAUCUCCAUUCCAAGAGUACACAGAUCUUUUGGCAAAGCCAACAGGAAAGGCCUUAAUCUUGGAGGAAGAAAAGGUUGAAGCUUGAGUUUUUACCAGUUUUGGUUUUAUGAUAAAAACUAUGUUAAGAAUGUUAGGUUUCAUACUUUGUUGCUUUUGUGGUUUACUUUCUUUUUGAGGGACGGAUUAGCUCUUUAUAUUGCAUUUGGUUUAAUCAACUAUUUAUAUUUUAAUUUAAUGAAUAUUCCUUUGAGUUUUGAAAGAAAUAGUUUUCUACCUGGAA